UCUAUCCUCCCCGUCCUGCGGGCACCAGGACCGGCUGCUUGGCGUCUGUCUCGCGCCUGGCCGGUUGGAGGUUAUUUUUAGUGUCCGGUUGGUUCGUGUUGCAGUGUGGGGAGUCACGAUAGAUCAUUUUCCUCUACAGCCCAACCGGGAGACGCUCACGCCGAGUUACGGAGAAUCCUGGUAGAAUAACGGAUAUAACAGAUACGGGCCCUCCGUGAGCCUUAACCGGUGGAAUAACAAGCCCAGCUGUCCGGUAGGAAUUAAGGGACGACAUUGCCGAGCUUUUCUUAACGGAGAAAGGAUAUUUAAACCCCACGAACGCACCAUAGCCUACUGAAGCCGUUAUCAGAGAUGGCCAGCACCGGGACUGAGCGCGAGGAACCUCACGUUCCCCUGGACAAACUGAGACAUCCCGAGCCUGCAUUCAGAGAGGCGCAGAAGUGGAUCGAGGAGGUGACGGGAAAAAGUUUCGGUGAGAAGGACUUCCGGAGCGGCCUGGAGAACGGGAUCCUGCUAUGCGAGUUACUGUGUUCCAUCAGACCAGGUUUGGUCCAGAAAAUCAACAGACUACCGUCGCCCAUCGCUGGACUGGACAACCUGUCAGUGUUCCUCAGAGGCUGUGAGGAGUUGGGUCUGAAAGGUUCCCAGCUGUUUAAUCCGGGAGACCUUCAGGACACCUCCAUACAAGCCAACCUCAGGGACUCAGAAUGCAGUAGAAAACUGAAGAAUGUAUUAAUUACAAUAUUCUGGCUGGGGAAGGCAUCCAGUGUGUGUCCCUCCUAUGACGGCCCUGUCCUAAACCUCAGAGAGUUUGAGGGACUGCGAUCACACAUGAGAACGCUGAGUGAGGACAGGUCUGGGUCAGACAGUGUGAGGCCAGGUGUGAGGGACAGUGGUUACGACUGCUGGGACUCAGAGCGGAGUCAGUCUCUCUCUCCCCGACAACACACACGGGACAACUCCCUGGACAGCCUGGAUUCUUUUGGCUCGCGCUCCCAGACUAGCCCCUCCCCCGAUGUCAUCAUCCAUGGCAACAGUGAUGUUGACUCAGACGGCGAUGCCCCCAACAGGAAGGGAGAUGUCCGUCGUGAUGACAUGUUAGCUCGUCGUACGUCGGCCGGUGAAUCACGGACCUUUGUUCCCUUUAACCAGUUCCUGCCCAAUCGGAACGUCUCUGCCUACGUUCCCACCGCCAGACGCAGAUCACGGCCCCAGGAUGGAGAGCACGGCAGGUUGAGCAGGAGAGUGUCUAAGAUGUCUGAGGAGUUGGAGAGCAUAAGUAUAAUUAACAUGCACAGCGAGGAAGAGGGGGCGAGACUACUUCAGCCUCUCGGCCAAUCACGAUAUGACGGCAUGCAGGAACAGUACACCAAUCACCAGGAGGAGGAGGAAUGGCAAGACGACCUAGCCCGGUGGAAGAGUCGUCGCCGCAGUGCUUCUCAGGAUCUGAUCAGGAAAGAGGAGGAGAGGAAGCGGAUGGAGAGGAUGAUGAAGGAGGAGGAGGGAGGCCACACCCAGAAGAAGAAGAACAUCAAGACGUACAGAGAGAUCGUAGAGGACAAAGAGCGUAGGGAGGCGGAGCUGUGUGAUGCGUACAGGAGGGCGGGCUCUAAAGCGGAAGCUGCCAUGGUUCUCCAGCGUUACGCUCUCCGCUUCACCAUCAGUGAUUCAACGCUGGACAGUCUGCAGCUACCUAGAACCAUUACUACUGACCAGAACCCUGAUUCUAGAACACCUGCUACCAACCAGAACCCUGAGUUUAGAACCACUACUACCAACCAGAACCUUGAGUCUAGAACCAUUACUACCAACCAGAACCCUGAGUCUAAAACCAUCACUACUGACCAGAACCCUGAGUCUAGAACCAGUAUUAAUAACCAGAACUCUGAGUCUACAACCAUUACUACUGACCAGAACUCUGAGUCUACAACCAUUACUACUGACCAGAACCCAGAGUCUAGAACCAUUACUACUGACCAGAACCUUGAGUCUAGAACCAUUAGUACUGACCAGAACCCUAAGUCUAGAACCAUUACCUCUGACCAGAACCCUGAGUCUAGAACCAUUACUACUGACCAGAACCCUAACCCUAGAACCAUUAUUACUAACCAGAACCCUGAGUCUAGAACCAUUACUGCUGACCAGAACCCUGAGUCUAGAACCAUUACCCCUGACCAGAACCCUGAGUCUAGAACCAUUAUUACUGACCAGAACCCUGAGUCUAGAAGCAUAAUUACUAACCAGAACCCUGAGUCUAGAACCAUUACUGCUGACUACAACCCCGACUCUGACCCUGACAACCCAGAACGAGCUGGAAACGGACUAGAGGCCCUGCAGACUGACACAAAGCAAGAGCCCCGAGCCCCCCCAAAAAAACAAAUCUCUGUCACACACACCCAACACACACAGCUCCAAACCCAAAACACCCAACACACCCAACCCACGCACACACAAAACCACUCCACACAAAGUCAGCACACACUCCCCCCUCCCAUCUCCCCCCCCUCCCGGCCCCUCCCUCUCCUAACAGCCAAGCCCUACUGCCAGCCACCAGAGACACAGCCUGGACACAAGCCUGUUAAGGUAGAUGGCUUGGUGAGGGUGAAUGGAGAGACUCUCCCGUCCUCCCCGCCUUCCUCAGCCCUUCAAUCCCCCUCCUCACCCAUUCACUCCCCCCCACCCACCGAACACCCUGGUGCCAAUCAGAAGACACAGGUGUCGGCCGUCAGCGCCCUGAUUGGAGGGAGGAACUGUGUUGUCACGACGACCAUCGUGACGGAACUCACCCAGACACACCUGCAGCCACGUCCGUUAGAUAUGCUCAGCAACACACAGGUGAACAGCUCCAUGGCAUUGUCAAGGAGAUCAGGGGAGGAGGCGGGGUCUGACUCUUCAUUGCUUAGCAACCAGCACACCUACUCAUCCUCGGUGACAGGAGGACUGGAGGGGAGCAGUGGGACGAUGGAGAGCCCCAUGUUGAACCUGGCUAAGCGUGUAGAUCACUGGGUGUGGAACCCUGAGGAUGAGAGGAGACGACAGGAGAAGUGGCAGCAGGAGCAGGAGAGAUUCCUACAGGAGCAGUACCUCAGGGAGCAGGAUAAACUGAAAGGGGAGUGGGAGAGAGCGCAGAGAGAGGUGGACGAGGAAGAACGAAGACACAAUGAAGAGGAGAAGAAGAUCCUGGAGGAGACGGCAACGGCCCUUUCUCAUCCACCUCCCACAGAGCUCGCUGUUCAGACAGAAGUGAUCGUUCCGGCACAACAGAUCUAUGCAUCAUGGGACUGUGAGUCAUCCAGGGGUCAGGAGACGUCUCUGGACCGCAACCAGCCCUGCGCCGUCAAGAGGUCAGGAUCGUAUGAGGGCCCACAGCCACCUUCAUCAUCCCCAUCAUCACCUCAACCGCCCUCUCCCAGCAGGUGUGUGAGUGGUAAGCGUCAGUGUUCAGGUUGCAAUCAGGCGCUGGGGAAAGGAACAGCUAUGAAUAUCGACACGCUGGGCCUGUACUUCCACCUAACCUGCUUUAAGUGUGGAGUGUGUAAGGUACAGCUAGGUGACACCAGUUCAGGAACAGACGUUAGGAUCCGUAACGGGCUGCUGAGCUGUCACGACUGCUAUGCCACAUCACACGCAGUUGGCCAGCCGACUACGCUGUGAUUGGCUACAGCCUGCAUCUGGAACCCUUCACAACAUUCUGGAACGCUGUGGAAUUCUCUUAACUGGACACACAAACUUCUCCCAGAUGAUGUCAUGGAGACUGAACUGUCUGAUGCUAACUGAUGCUAAUGGAGGCUAACUGCUAAGUGCUAGCGUUGUAGCUGAUCAACCAGUUUUUCCCAGACUGACUUGAGUACAGAGACCUGAAGCACAACCACUGAUCUACAACAGCACACUCAGACACAUGCUACAUGCUAACACCAGCAGCAGUUGGAAUGUAGUAGCUACCUACCUUACUGUCAAAUUAGCUAAAUGAUAAAUGCUAACGGAUGCUAACUGCUAAAUGCUAUUGUUCACUCACCAUCAUAAUGCCUUAAUAACUCUGUUUUGUUUUGUGUUUUAAGUAUUUUGCAUGAACGAAGACCGUGUUAGUUGUUGUUGUUGUUAACGGUAGUUAGGCUGUGUUACCUAGCGACAGCCCUGACUACCACAUAUAGUUGUUAUGGUUACCGUAUGCCUCUCCUCCAUGUUGUUGUGUAAUGAUAAGAGCUUUGUCUUUAUUCUGAUCAUCAUGUACAUCAUUAUGCUGCGUUCAUUACUCUGAGAGCAAUAAGGAUGCAUGAUCGCUUUAGUUAUUAUUGGAUGUUAUUAUUACCAAGGAUAUUCUGACAUUGUGUUUUAGAGCUUUGCAUCAUACUCUGCCUUAAGAUGAGAGUGAGAGGGAUAGCACACAUGUAGUGUUUACGUGUGUGUGUGCAUGUGUGUGUGAGUUGUUUUAGUUCAACUUGAAGCACAGUCCUAUACCAGCGAAUAUUACUACACAUUGACCCGCCCUCUCCCUCUUUUUCUCACCUGAUUGGACCUUUACUCCUAAGAACAACCAAUGAAUGAGACAAAGUUAUCUGCUGCUUCCUGUUUAUGCCCAGCCUCUUGUCCUGUGGCAUUUUUAGGCCUAUUUCUUACACCAAUCAAAUGCUUUGGAUAGAUGUGUAGAGGAGAAGGGAGGGGAGGGGAGGAGAGGAGAGGAGAGGGAAAGAGAGGAGAGGAGAGGAAGGGAGGAGAGGAGAUUCGAGAGGAAGAUGGGAUGGGAGAGGAAGAGAGAGGAGAGAUUAGAGAGGAGGAGAUAGGGGAGAAGAGAAGAGAGGAAGCUACUUUAGACUGUUCUGUCUGCUGAUAUUUCUAAAGGACAAACUGAAUUGAUCCAGCUUCAUAGCUUUUAUAGCAAUGUGUGUUUAUCAAUAAAAUGACAAUAUUUUCAAUGCGU